ACCAUUGUGUAUUUGCGGAUGCAUAUGCGCAUCAAUGUGUGUGCUUGCAUGCAUCUGCAUGUGCACAUGUGCUUAUGUCUUAUGACUAGUGAUCAUUUCUGGUCUUGACGGCCAUAGAAACUCAAUGACUCUCUCUGAAUAAAUAUGUGACCCUUUGACCCCAUGUAUUGUAGUCUGAAGUGUGCAUGCAAGUGGGAUAAUUACUAACUAUACGUCUAUAAUCUAUUUCAGGGGUAAUACUGGAAAUUAUAAGGGUGUAAAUCAAGAGAGCAAAUACUAUCAUACAAAUGUAGGAUUUUAGCUUAGUUCAUUGGCUAAACUAUGUGCCCAUACAUCAGGCAGAAAAAAGAAGACCACAGAUGCAGAGGUCAUGUGUACAAGAUGCACAGCCCGAAAUGCAAUUAUCUAGCAAAGGUUAAGAGGGUUUGGGAACACGGGAAGUUGUGCAUUGAAACUGAGAUGCAUCCACAGAAUUCCUAAUCAGGAUUAUUAUUUGUGCAUUCUGAUGUUUUAGUAAUAUGGUCAGUUCAACAGCAUCUUGCAGAAUGAUGGACAAGGAAUAGUAAAUUUACAAAUUUAUCACAGGAAAUUAACUAAUGGGAGGUUGGGAUUGUUGGUUGCAUUCUAUGGCUCAAAGUUUAUUCCCAAGCUGUAUGAAUCAUUGCUGUGUGAACAAUUAGACCAUGCUCCCAAGUCCAACAGCACAUUAAGUGCAGAAAUAAUUGGCCCUUUCCGAAUGCAGCCUACCAACCACUUAAAGUGACAAAGUGGUGAUGAAGCGGCAUAAGUAGCCAUUCCUAACUCAUUGUUACAUCUCAUUCACUGAAAAGUUGUCAUGAGCUGAUCUUUAAAAAAGUCUGCUUAAAGUUUUGAUCAUCAUACUUUGUUUCUUUCUGGCAGUGAAUUUCAAAAGAGACUAAAUUAGUGUUGAUAUAUGGGUUUCCCCCAGCUCAAAGAUAAGUACAUUGUGUAAACCAUUGUGAUUAGCUCUUUUGGUAACAAAACUUUCUUAGAAAUCAAUGAUAACUGAAACACUUAAACCAAGCAUUUUAUUAGAACUAUGAGUGGUAUUUUGUUGAAACAUCUUUUGGAAAAAUGUUCAUUUCGUUGUCAUGGAUAUUCUUCACUGCAUGUAAAGAAGGAAUCUGACAUGAGUAGGGCUGCCAUAAUGGAUCGAAUGAAAAAGAAAAAAAUGGGCCAGACAGCAGAGUGGUCUCGCAAUGGGAGUUUCUUGAAUAAACCUGAGGUAGGAUGGUUGCAUCCUGACAAUCAACUCACCCCUGAUGCUGGCAUCUGCUAUGGAGUUCGAUAUAUAGGGUGUAUUGAGGUCAAGGAAUCUAUGAAAACACUGGAUUUUGAAACACGAACAACUGUGGCAAGAGAGGCUAUCAACAGAGUUGCAGAAGCCGGUGGGUUGAAAACAGCCAGCAAAAGAAGAAAGGUGGACAGGAAAGUCAGCCGAAUGUUGGGAGACAAUCCACACAUGCACUAUGCAGGGGCUAAUGUAAACCUGACCAUCUCUACAGAAAGCAUUAGUCUUAUGGUCAUGGAAACAGGAGAGAUCAUUGCAGACCAUCCCAUGCAUGUUGUGUCUUUUGCAUCUGGUGGUGAUGCAAGCACUCUUGACUUUGUAUCCUAUGUGGCCAAAGACCCAGGCUUGGGACGAGCCUGCCAUGUAUUGGAGUGUGGGGGUGGGCUUGCAGAGGAUGUGGUGACAACUAUUGGUCAAGCGUUUGAGCUGCGCUUCAAACAGUACCUCAAGUUGCAGCCUCAAACUGUACAACUGUCAGACAGACAUGAAAACAAUGCUUUUGAAUCUGAGAACUGGGGAGAAGAUGAGGAAUACUAUAAUGAUAGACCAGGAGCCUGUCCACCCUCCCCUGGUGCUGAAGAUGGCGCUCCUCCCAUACCCCCUAUACCUGAGUACAGGUCGCCUUGUAAUUUACCUGCUGGCACUUAUGCAUUGGUGAAAGAAAAUGGUGCAGACUCAGAAUCUAUAGACAAAAUUGUAGACCUCAUAGACUUCUCAGAAGAAAGUCAGACGUAUGACAAUCGUUCAGCUAGAGGAAGUGGUAGUGAGGACAAGUCACCUGAUGCUGUGAAUUUGUAUGACAAUCGCAAAAAUCUCAGAGGCAGUGAUUCCAAGUCACCCAGUGCUAAUGGAUUUGGGUCUGACCCCUAUGGUGUUGAUGCUCUCAAAACCAGUCUUGGGGACCUGCAGUUUCCUGAUGGCGACGGAAAGGCAGGAGUGACAGAAAAGAGCAUGAAGUCCGCUCAUGAUGUGGCAGCCAGUGGUGCUGUUAUUGCUGGGGAUGCUUGUGCAGAUGCUGGGGAGAUUGAUUUGCGGGUGAAUCCAGUGGUAAAUGGACAGGGUCCUGCAGCACCAGUCUUUGAGGAAUGGUACCAUGGAAAGCUGUCCAGAAAACAGACUGAAAAGCUGUUGGAGCUAGAUGGUGACUUCCUGGUGCGGGAGAGCAGCAAUAGCAGUAACCAGUUUGUAUUGAGUGGCAAACAGAAUGGCAGCAUAAAACAUUUGCUGCUGGUAGACCCUGAAGGGAUUGUGAGGACCAAAGAUUAUAUUUUUGACAGCAUCAGCCACCUCGUUAACUACCAUCGUCAGAAUGGUCUGCCCAUCAUUACUCAAGGAAGCGAACUGCAUCUGGUUCGUCCAAUUAAGACCUGCAUCUCUGCUUGCUGAUUCAAUUUUCGUCAUGCUGAGCUCCCCUGUUGACUCAACUUUUAGCCUUUUCUUCAUUUUUAAGGAAAGUAUCCACUUGUUAUCUUCCCCAAGCACCCCAUCCCAAUGACACAUCUUGGUAUGCGUGUAGAGUGAAGUAAAGUGAGACAUCAUUUUCAUCUUUUUCCUUUUGUAUCGUCUGAAAAUUUCAUGUGCUUACCAACUUGAACAUUUUUUGUUGUGCUUAUGAAAGGUAUGUAGAAGAGGGAGAUGACCACAUUGACUUAUGAUAAGUAAUGCUUAUGUUCGUUGAUACUUUGUGAAAGGAAGUCACCCCAAAAAAAUGUCCCUUAAGUUUUUAAAUUCAGAUUUCAAUGUUCAUAAAAGCAGCUUAUUUGUAUUAACUCUUUCAGCUGCAAAGAUGCUAGAUUUUUUCCUUUUAUUGAACAUGACACCCUGCUGUAUUGCAAAAAAAAAAAAAA